UCAAUUCGUAAAUACUUCCUUUCAACUUUUAGAUACUUCGAAAAUUGUUUGUAUAUUGUGAACAGAAAAUCACAUAAUGAGUGGUAGCAGUGUUUAUGAUUAUCUUAUGAUUGACUUAGCAGAUCCGUUCACGCGUAAUUGGGCGUUAGUAGAAACACCAUUCCCAGCAAUAAUUAUAACCUUUGCUUACUUGUAUUUUGUACUUUACGCCGGACCAAGUUACAUGAAGAAUCGACAAUCAUUUAAUUUGAGGAUCUUUAUAUUAUUUUAUAACGUAUUUCAAAUUCUUGCUAAUGCGUGGCUGGUGCACAGUUAUAUAUCUUUUGGCUGGUUUACUACAUAUAGCCUAAAAUGUAGUAAUAAUAAUAAUCUGACAAGUAUAAAUGGUUUUAAGCUAAUAACUAUUACAUGGUGGCUAUUCAUAUUAAAACUAAGUGAUUAUAUCGAAACGUGUAUAUUUGUUUUACGGAAAAAACAGAACCAAGUGUCUUCUUUGCAUGUAUAUCAUCAUGUGUCUAAUGUCUUAUUUGGAUGGUAUUUCCUUAAAUAUAUAGCGGACCCCAAAGCAACUUUUGUGUGCUUAGUUAAUUGUUUUAUACAUGUUAUUAUGUAUAUAUAUUACUUCAUUGCAGCAUGGAGCACAACUAUGCAACAAAAAGUAUCUGUUUUUAAACCAUAUAUUACGAAAUUACAAAUGACGCAGUUUGUUGCGCUGAUAUGCUAUGGACUACAGGCUUUUCUAGAUCCAGAAUGCAAAGGACUACAACGAGAAAAAGAAAUUGUAUUCGUAUUCCUUUUGAAUUUGCUACUAUUUCUAUACUUAUUUUAUGACUUUUAUAAAAAGUCAUAUGGCACAAAACAGAAACAGAAAACUGCAAAACACGAAGAAUAAAAUUUAUGUAUAAUAUGUAUAAUUAUAGUCACAGACCAAUCACGUGAAUCUUUAUUAUUCGUUAUCUGAUUUUGUACUUUGGUUUUGGGUUUAGUAUUAAAUUUGUAUUUUAUUUCGUUCGUAAUUUUCAGUUUCCGUUUGUUAUAGUUAGUUUUCUUUUGUUUUUUUGUGAGUAUUAUUGAUCUUGUGAUAUUUUCUGUGAUAUAUUUUGUCUUUUUAAUAGUUUGUGAAGGUGCUCUUAGAGAUAUCCAGAGUGUGUAAGAAAUAUUUUAUUCAUAGAAUA